AUGAAUAUUGCUAUCCAACCACCACACUUUCAUAUUUCUACUCUCCAUAUAAUACUAACAAUAAUUUGUUUAGUAUCUUUUAUUUGUUGUAUUAAAAUAUUUAAUACACCAUUAACUCCAAAUUCUUAUCAGUACCAACCAAAUUAUAAAUUAUAUUCAAAAAAUUCUCCUUUUUUUAGAGUUGCAAUAAUAAGUGAUUUAGAUAAAGCAAGUAAGCUCAAUAAAAAAUGGAGGUCUUCAAUGAUUAUUGGAACAAUAUUCAAACAAGGGAAUACCUAUGAAUUUCAACAACAAGAAGAAUUUAAUUUAACUUUAGGAAUCAAUGAAAAUGGAAGAGGAAUGGAGUUAAGUGAAUUGUUAAAUUUUAAUGGAGAAUUAUAUGGAUUUGAUGAUAGAACAGGGGUUGUAAUGGCUAUUGAUUUAGAGAAAAAAAAGACUUAUCCUCGUUAUAUUUUGAUGGAUGGUGAUUUAAAUUCUGAUAAAGGAAUGAAAAUUGAAUGGGCAACAGUUUAUAAAGAUUCUAUGUAUAUUGGAAGUAUAGGAAAAGAAUUUACAACACCAACAGGAGAAUAUUUAAAUGAUAAUCCAUUGUAUAUUAAAAAAAUUGACCAAAAUGGAAAAAUUACUGCAAUAAAUUGGAAAAAUAAAUAUAACAACCUAAAAAAUGCAGUUGGAAUUUAUGGAGAUGGGUAUAUGAUUAAUGAAGCAGUUACUUAUUCAGCUAGUGCUAACAAAUGGUACUUUGCACCUAGAAAAUGUAGUAAAGAGAAAUAUGAUGAUAGUAAAGACGAAACUCGUGGAUGUCCUUACAUUAUUUCUACUGAAGACUUUAGUAAUUUUGAUAUAAUAAAUGAUCCUCAACAUGACCUUAAUAAAGGAUUUAGUUCUAUUAAAGUUCUUCCAAAUGAUGAGAAUAAGUUAUUAUAUUUAAAGAGUGUUGAAGUUGGAGAAAGAAGUGAAACAUAUAUAGGAAUGAUUACUACUUCAGGAGAAGUAUUAAUGCAAGACAAAUUAGUUGCUAAAAUGAAAAUGGAAGGAAUAGAAUUUAUCUCAAUGUAA